CGCGGAAGUGCGGAGCAGUUAUAUGGCGCUAACGUCUCAUUGGAACAUACGCACUUCGCGCUCACGCCCUCUGGCUCUCAUCUACGCAUCACCCAACUCGCAACUUUUCUUCUUUUCCCCACAUUCCAAUUCUCCCUUUCCAUCUUCGUCUGGAUUUUGCUCUGUUAUUACUUUGUCCCGUACAUAUGUGUCUUCGUUUUUGUGAAUUCCCAAAUUCAUAACAACAAUAAUCAUGGAGCAGAAGCACUUGUUCAUGUCGGCAUUGGGCGUUGGGGUCGGUGUGGGGCUGGGAUUGGCGUCUGGGCAGGCCCUUAACAAAUGGACCGGCGGUGGCGCCAACAGUUCUGCACCGGAGGGCGUUACGGCCGAUCGAAUCGAGCAGGAACUCCGGCGACUGAUCGUUGACGGCAAGGGCUCCGAUGUUUCGUUUCAAAACUUCCCUUAUUAUCUCAGUGAACGGACACGAGUGUUAUUGACAAGUGCAGCAUAUGUUCAUCUAAACCACUUAGAUAUGUCUCGACAUACUAGAAAUCUAUCACCAGCGAGUAGGGCUAUAUUGCUGUCUGGGCCUGCUGAACUUCACUUGCAAUCACUUGCAAAGGCUGUUGCUCAUCACUUUGAAGCAAAACUCUUACUUUUGGAUAUAACUAACUUUUCAGUAAAGAUGCAGAGCAAAUAUGGAAAUGCCAAGAAACAGCCCCCAUUAAAGAGGUCCAUAUCAGAGGUGACAUUGGAGCACAUGUCCAGUUUACUUGGGUCUCUCUCAUCUCUACCUGCGCAAGAAUAUAAUAAAGGCAGAUUGUCGAGGCGGCCCAGUAUUGAUGCUAAAUUAAGUGAAGGCGUGAGCGUUCCUCUUAAGCAUCGCAGAAAUUCAUCUAUCUCAUCGGAUAUGAGCAGUAUCUCCUCACAGUCCUCUAUUUCAAGUUCAGCUCCUCCCAAACGCGUAAGCAGUUGGUCUUUUGACGAAAAAACUUUCUUGAAGUCACUUUACAAGGUUUUGAUGUCUGUUUCUGAAACUAACUGCAUUAUCCUCUACAUGAGGGAUGUAGAUAGACACCUUCAGUCUCCCCGAGUUUUCAACCUUUUUCACAGAAUGAUAAAGAAAUUAUCAGGAUCAGUGUUGGUUCUUGGAUCACGGGUAAUAGAACAUUUUGAUGAGAGCGGAGAAAUUGAUGAGAGAUUCAGUGUGUUAUUCCCCUACAACAUUGAGAUUAGGCCACCUGAAGAUGAGACUCAUCUUAUAAGCUGGAAAGCCCAAUUGGAAAAGGAUAUGAAGACAAUCCAGUUUCUGGAUAAUCGAAAUCACAUUGCUGAGGUCCUUGCGGCAAACGACCUUGAAUGUGAGGAUUUAGGGUCAAUAUGUCAAGCAGAUACAAUGGUUUUGAGUAACUACAUUGAGGAAAUAGUAGUGUCUGCAAUAUCAUUCCAUUUGAUGAAUAACAGAGAUCCAGAAUAUAGAAAUUCAAAGCUCAUUAUCUCAUCCAAAAGUUUGUCCCAUGCAUUAAGUGUCUUCCAGGAGGGAAAAAGUGGUGGCCGAGACACCCUCAAGCUGGAAACAAAUUGUGAAUCUUCCAAGGUCACUGGUGGAGGAGACAGUGUUGAGCCAAAGACUGAAGCAAAGUCUGAAAACCCUGUAUCCGAGAGUAAAAGUGGGACUGAAAAACCAGUUACAUUGAUGAAAAAGGAGGGUGAACACACAGCAGUACAAAAGGCACCAGAAGUUCCUCCAGACAAUGAGUUUGAGAAACGCAUAAGACCAGAAGUCAUCCCUGCGCAUGAGAUUGGAGUGACAUUUGAAGAUGUUGGCUCCCUUGAUGAGAUUAAGGAAUCUCUUCAAGAGCUGGUAAUGCUUCCGCUUCGAAGACCUGACCUCUUUAAUGGUGGUCUUCUUAAGCCUUGCAGAGGCAUAUUGCUCUUUGGUCCUCCUGGUACCGGGAAAACUAUGAUGGCCAAGGCAAUUGCAAAUGAAGCCGGAGCAAGCUUCAUAAAUGUCUCGAUGUCAACAAUUACUUCUAAGUGGUUCGGUGAAGAUGAAAAGAAUGUUAGAGCUUUAUUCACACUUGCUGCUAAGGUGUCUCCUACUAUCAUUUUUGUGGAUGAAGUUGAUAGCAUGCUUGGGCAACGAACAAGGGCUGGAGAACACGAAGCCAUGCGGAAAAUCAAGAACGAGUUCAUGACACAUUGGGAUGGAUUGUUGACGAAAUCUGGUGAGCGAAUUCUGGUUCUAGCAGCAACUAAUAGGCCGUUUGACCUAGAUGAAGCAAUUAUCAGGCGAUUUGAGCGAAGAAUUAUGGUUGGGUUGCCGUCAGCAGAGAGCAGAGAAAAGAUUUUGAGAACUCUUCUAGCGAAGGAAAAUGUAGAAAACCUUGAUUUUAUGGAGCUUGCUGCGAUGACUGAUGGAUAUAGUGGAAGUGAUCUUAAGAACUUGUGCACAACAGCAGCUUAUCGUCCUGUGAGAGAGCUAAUACAACAGGAGAUUCAGAAAAACAUGGAAAAGAGGCGCAAAGGUGAAGAAGGGCAGAGCUCAGAAGCUGCUACUUCAGAUAAGAAGGAACCCACAGCUGAGAGAGUUAUCACUCUGAGACCUCUAAACAUGGAAGAUAUGAAGCAAGCAAAGAAUCAGGUUGCGGCUAGUUUUGCUGCUGAAGGAUCCAUAAUGGGUGAGCUUCAGCAAUGGAAUGACUUAUAUGGCGAAGGCGGCUCCCGAAAGAAGCAGCAACUGUCCUACUUCCUUUAGGUUGCCAGUCAGAUACAUGCAUCCCUUGUUGGGAGGACAAUCUAUCUGUAAUUAUAUAUGUAGUAUAACAGAACUUAUCCAGCCUCUAGAUUAUAGUUCUAUUCAUGUCUUGUGUAUGAUAUAUAAAUAUAUCCAAAGGGUUGACUUUUAGAAUCUGGGAGUAACUUGGAUGAAUUCGCACUGCAGUAGGUACACUGGAAAUAGCAUAUAAAUAUUAAUCUGUGGUAGGAAUGUAUAAUCUGGUGAUCUCAGUUGAGAGUUGAAUAUUGUAAUUAUUAUUUUAUUUAGUGUAUA